AUGAGCAAUGACAGCAUUCUCAUCGAACAAAUCGUCACGCCAGAGGACAUCAUAGAAGCCUUCAACCCCAUCUGCAACACCUUUGGGCGCCAAACCCAGGAUGGCUUCUUCAUGGCCAUGAACCCCGGCUGGGAAACCCCAGAAGGCCAUGCCCGAGGCGCAUCUCUCAUGGUCGAUCGCUGGCGAGCAACAACCAAGGACCAACAAGGUCGUCCAAACGCCAUAUUUCUCAAGGCCACAGUCCCCAGCGAAUCCGAAUCGAACAAGAUCGUCGGCACAGCAAUCUGGCUGCAAGCCUCCAACGUCCCAGGCCACGGCGACCCGCCCGUCCAAGACCUCAGCAAAGCAAUGAACCUGGACAAUCUGUAUCCCGGCAAUGCAGCCGAGCAACGAUAUCUAUGCCAGGUGGAUUACUCACUGCACCGCCAGCGCAUAGAACUUGUGAAGAAAAAGGUCGACUCCUCGCCUCCUUCCGUCAUGGUGCUUGACCUCUGUGUUGUCGACCCUGCUUACCAGGGAAGAGGUAUUGCCAGGCGUCUGGUUCAAUGGGGGUUGGAUGAGGCAAAGGCCCGAGGGGGCUUGGAAUGCAUCACCGAGGCUUCGAUUAUGGGGCGAUGGGUGUAUCAAAAGAUGGGAUUUCGACAGGAGGGACCGGAUAUUGAGUUUGUGGUGGAUGAGGAGUUUGCGGACCGGAGUCGGCCGCCAAAUAUUUUUAUGCGGACUGGAAUUGAUUGA